GGGAACCACAUAACAUCUGCCCUUAGCUUCGUAUACACGUUCUCUGUUGUGCUCAGCAGGUAUAAAAUCUCCUUUAAUUCUUUCACUGCCCACGUAUGCUCCCCUCUCUUUCUCCAGCGCUUUCCUUCUUCCACAAACAUCCUAUACUCCUCUCCGCCAGAAACAACCUGUAGUCCCUCGCCUCUCAUUCAGCAUUUACCAGGCAACAUAACACUGAGACUAUGGACAAACACAAGUCCCACUGGGAGUCAACCCUCUUUGGCUACGCCUUCUGGCGUGACGCAGAAGAGUGGAACAAAGCCAUGAAUGACUCCAUUGAAGCAGGUACAACCUCCUCCCCCUCCGCAUCCUCGGAAGAAUAUCUAUCUACUAUACUAACCUUCUACCCUCACAGAAACGAAGUUCAUGGAAUCCAAGCCUACAGCAUCCAAGACUACAGAAGUCAAAAAGCCCCUCCACGAAUGCUUCCCCUUCACCAUCGGCCCAGAACAACCAUCACACUCGCACACACAGCCUCAGCCAGUCGCACCAACGCCAACAAUGACUGACCCCAAGACCACCGCCAAGUUUUCCCCUCAAAGCCGCCGCUUCAGCAUGGGCGAAGCACUCUCGCUAAGCCGCUUGCACAGCACGGGCUCAUCCUCCCUCACUCGAAGCCGCCGAGCACGCUCCUCUCUCUGCUCCGACGACACCUCAGACCAGACCCCGACCAUCACUGAACACUCUGACCCCAGCCACAAAAGGACCCGCUCAAGCUCGCGAUCCAGAUCCCUCCUCCGCCUGCCCCUAACCCUCAUCCGCGGCCUAAGCAACAGUCGAAAGCGAGAAGCCCAACCCCAGCUAAUCCCAAAUGGCCAAGCCACUCCCACAAAACCACUAGAAGAGUUCCGCGGCGGCCAAACCUGGUCUCGCCUGUCAACGGACAGAGAGAACCUAGGACUGGAUUUAUUCUGGCCGAUCCCUCUUCCUCACGCACCCAAUAAUCCCCACUCCCACUCUCACUCUCAUUCUCAUCCUCUCAAAGAAGAGACAAAUGGAAUGGGAGGAGAAGGAGAAGAAGACCCCCUCUCCCUCCCCACAAUCGAACUCGCUCCCCUAACCCACUUCCGCAACCUCCGCUCCCUAAAACUAGUCGGCAUGAUGAACCCCUACCAACCCACCAUCUGGCAAACGGCCUGGCUAAACCCCCACCUCGAAGACCUCGAACUCGGCAUGGCCCUGCCCCCUUCCCUCCGCAGGCCCUACGUCUCCCAGUGGCCUGUUAUCCGCGGCGGGUGGAAACUGAGUAUGGGGAAGUAUGAGGAGCCGGUUUAUUAGUACGUUAUAUUUCCUUACCCAAGUCAAGGUCAAGAUAGGCACAGAGUGGAUGGAGUGGCUGGAUAAAAUCUGCAUUGAGAAAGCGAAGGUGAAGGCUAUGUCGGUGGGGCGGACACGGACGCGGCUGUCGAUCAAGACGCUUGUGUUGAGUGGGUUUGUGGUUGAUGCGGAUGCGAUUUUGCAGUGGUUUGAUGCGGGGCAGUUGGAACGUGUGCGGUUUCGGGGGGAUUGUGUGGAUGCGGGGUUUUCGUUGGGGGAGGGAAUGGGGGGUGUUUCUGUUGUUUUUGAGAGGGAGGAGGGCGUGGAGGUUGGGAGGUGGAUUGAGAACGGGGAGAUUCG